CCUGAGCCAUCAGCAAUCCUUAGCAUAGGGGCACAUUCAAGCAUUCCUGUCAAGUCAUCUUGUGAAAGGCUGCCUGCUUCCAGCUUGGCUUGGAUGUGCAACCUUAAUAAAACUCACUGAGGUCUGGGAGAAAAUAGCAGAUCUGCAGCAGAUAGGGUAGAGGCAAGGGUCUAGAAUAUGUACAUGCAGCUGACUCAGGCAGGCUCCACGCUGAACUGUUACAGAGAGGAAACAAUAAAUCUCAGCUACUAUGCAAUAAAUAUCUCAAGUUUUAACUAAGGAAACUACCAUUGCAGUGAAAUAAAAAAAUAACAUUUUAGAGCAAAGCUAACAAAUGGCUAGUUUUUUAUGAUUCGUCUUCAAAAGUUUUCUUGCAGGGGGAAAAAGUCAAACAAACAAGCAGUUUUACCUGAAAUAAAGAACGAGUUUAAAGGGCAGAAGAAAGGAGCGAGAUUUGCGAGAGGCACGGAAGGAGAGUGCUGGCAGUACAAUGACAGUUUUCCUUUCCUUUGCUUUCCUCGCUGCCAUUCUGAUUCACAUAGGGUGCAGCAACCAGCGCCGAAAUCCAGAGAACGGUGGGAGAAGAUACAACCGGAUUCAACAUGGGCAAUGCGCCUACACUUUCAUUCUUCCAGAACACGACGGGAACUGUCGUGAGAGUACGACAGACCAGUACAACCCAAACGCUCUGCAGCGAGAUGCUCCACACGUGGGACCCGAUUUCUCUUCCCAGAAACUUCAACACCUGGAGCAUGUAAUGGAAAAUUAUACUCAGUGGCUGCAAAAACUUGAGAAUUACAUUGUGGAAAAUAUGAAGUCGGAGAUGGCCCAGAUACAGCAGAAUGCAGUUCAGAACCACACGGCCACCAUGCUUGAGAUAGGAACCAGCCUCCUGUCUCAGACUGCAGAGCAGACCAGAAAGCUGACAGAUGUUGAGACCCAGGUACUAAAUCAAACUUCUCGACUUGAAAUACAACUGCUGGAGAAUUCAUUAUCAACAUACAAGCUAGAGAAGCAGCUUCUUCAACAGACAAAUGAAAUCCUAAAGAUUCAUGAGAAAAACAGUUUAUUAGAACACAAAAUCUUAGAAAUGGAGGGAAAACACAAGGCAGAGUUGGACGCAUUAAAGGAAGAGAAAGAGAACCUUCAAGGCUUGGUUACUCGUCAAACCUACAUAAUCCAGGAGCUAGAGAAACAAUUAAACAGAGCCACCACUAACAACAGUGUCCUUCAGAAGCAGCAGCUGGAGCUCAUGGACACAGUCCAUAACCUCGUCAACCUCUGCACUAAAGAAGGUGUUUUACUAAAGGGAGGAAAAAGAGAGGAAGAGAAACCAUUUAGAGACUGUGCAGAUGUAUAUCAAGCUGGUUUUAAUAAAAGUGGAAUCUACACUAUUUAUAUUAAUAAUAUGCCAGAACCUAAAAAGGUAUUUUGCAAUAUGGAUGUUAGUGGGGGAGGUUGGACUGUAAUACAACAUCGCGAGGAUGGAAGUCUGGAUUUCCAAAGAGGCUGGAAGGAAUAUAAAAUGGGCUUUGGAAAUCCUUCUGGUGAAUACUGGCUGGGGAAUGAAUUUAUUUUUGCCAUAACCAGUCAGAGGCAGUACACACUGAGAAUCGAGUUAAUGGACUGGGAAGGAAACCGAGCCUAUUCACAGUAUGACAGAUUCCACAUAGGAAAUGAAAAGCAAAACUAUAGGUUGUAUUUAAAGGGUCACACUGGGACAGCAGGAAAACAGAGCAGCCUGAUUUUACAUGGUGCUGAUUUCAGCACUAAAGAUGCUGAUAAUGACAACUGUAUGUGCAAAUGUGCCCUCAUGCUAACAGGAGGCUGGUGGUUUGAUGCUUGUGGCCCCUCCAAUCUAAAUGGAAUGUUCUAUACUGCUGGACAAAACCAUGGAAAACUGAAUGGGAUAAAGUGGCACUACUUCAAAGGGCCCAGUUACUCCUUACGUUCCACAACUAUGAUGAUUCGACCGUUGGACUUUUGAAAGAACAAAGUCAGAAGCAAUUAUGAAAACAACAAAGAAAUUUGGGACUGCUACCAGAUGAGAAACUUCUUGAAAAUGUCUGAAGCAAACAAUAUUGUCUCCCUUUCAGCAACAAGUGGUAGUUAUGUGAAGUCACCAAGGUUCUUGACUGUGGAUUUGGGGCCUUUUGAGUUCACAGAAGUCUCUAUGUGGGGUCACUGUGUUCACAUGGCAUGAAUAUAGGGAAUGCCACUUCCUGUCAUGCUUUGAAAAGGGAAGAAACUGCUCAGCUUACUGUGCUUCAAACUACUACUGGAUCUUAUUUUGGAACUGUGGUAGCCAGAUGAUAAGUAUGGUUUAUUUCAUGUAAAACUGAAGAAGGAGAAAAAAAAGAUAUACAUGAAGAAUAAAAACAGGCCUUCCAUAAUCCUUUGGAAAAGAUGUGUUGCACCAGGGACAUGGUGUUAUUUCUAUGCAAACCCACUAACAAAUAAAUUUAUACCGUUGCACAAUUUUAAUAAAAGUCCAGGAAGAGCGGCAAUGUCCCCUGAGUUGAUUAAAUGGGUUUCAGAAGCCUAAUUCCGUUACCAUACUCAUUAGUUGAUUUCAGUUAACCCAUCUUCAAGUUCAACUCCAUUUUGCUAAACCAUAAUGAACUAUGUAGUGCAUGAAGAAUAACAGUGUGAGAUAAAAACACACUCCAUUAUUUUUUAUUUUUAUACAUUUUUUUUACAUUUUAAAAAUGUAUAUAAGUAAGGAUAUCUGAGGUAAAACAAAUUAACUAACCCUCCCAUGUUGCAGUUUUCAUUUACUGUAAAAACUGAUUGACUGAUAUAUAAAUAUAUUUAUAGCCUGAGGAAAUUUUAAAGAAUGUGAAAUAUAUCAUUGUGUUUUUUUUAAAUAAUACACAUGCAUUUAAUAUUUCCUUUGCUACUAUACAGGAAAGCAGUAUUUUUGAGUGUAUUAAAUUGAAGUAAAACCAUGGUAAACUGGAACAGUUCAUUUUGCAGUAUCUUCUUGCAUGUGUUCAUUUAAGUCUAACUUCAUUAUUUUAAAAAUGGUUUUAGAUCUUCAAUUCUUCACUCUGUUAUUUCAUGCUAAUUUAAUUUUUGUUAAUUAACUGAAACAUGCUUACCAGAUCCACCCUGUUCCAGUGUCUAUAAAAGAUACACUUUGAAGUCUAUGAAAAAUAAAAGAAGAAUUAUGCCAAUCAUUGUACAUAGCAUGUUUAUAUCCAUGGUAAGCCUAGUAGCUGUUUAAUCUGGAAUAUGCAACAUUAUCCUUAAUUGAUGCAAAUAAACACAACUUUUCAAAGAAAUCUACUAUAUUUCUUUAUGAAAUACAUUUCUCUUUAUGUUUUUCUCCUUCAGGUGCUCUUUUCUUAGGUUAUUUCUGAUUUUUAAAAUUAUUAGUGGAGAAAAUUACCAGAACUAUCUCUGUUACCUGUAGGAGAAACCCAUGUAAGAAAAAAAAUCAGUUACCCAACUAAUUGAUAAAAUUAUGAAUGCUAACUGCUAUAAAUCUCUUAAUGAAAGUAUUCCUCCGGGAUAAUCCAUUUUGAGCAAAUAUUUGGGCACACGUUUUUUGUGGCAAUUUGAAAUCACUACAGUUUGUGAUCAAGAAGCGCUCUCUGCCUCCAAGUUCUCGGGGCUGCAAUAGCGAAGAUUUAUCUAAACAUGGGCUAUUACGAGAUAAUUGAAAUAAAUAUUGGGUCUGUUUUCUUUAAAAAAAAUGUUCGAGGCAACAAUACUAAUCGCAGAAUCAGCGAUUGGACUCAUUUGUGCUUAGUGGCUUUCCUCCAUUUGAGAAAAUAAAGUUAUUCAAAAUUCUAAGAAAAUAUUUACCAUCAAGUUUUUAUAUUUUUUGUAUCUUUAUACAACCCCAUUUUGCAGGUACUACACAAUUUUUCUAUUCUCGGUGGCUCCUUUAUAGCCUCUGCUCCUAAAAACCUUGUUUUCAUUUGAGUAAAAGCAAAUAAAGUGUUUUCUUCUUUUGUGUUCCUACAGAAUUAAAAAAAAAAUUUUUUUUACCCGUUUGGAUAAGGCAGACAAUUUCCCGACUUAUAUUAAAAAAAAAUGUGAGAGAGAGAAAGCAUGAUAUUUACUGCUUUGUUAGCUGGGUUUGAAAAAUGAAAUACUGUUUUCAAUUAUUUAUUAUAAAGCAGUAUAAAAUGUUUUAUGACUCCAUGACGUGCAUUGUGUGAGGCCUACAUGCCUGUGGCUAUUUGACGUGUAUAUCCUUCGCAUUUAAUUAUUUCAGGAUAAUUAGGUAUUAGAAUUUUGUCUUUAAAUUUUUAUUUCAAUGAAAUUCCUGUGCUGUCUAUGGAAAUUUCUUCAUAUCAAUCACA